AUGGAGGUUUCAGAUAGUAGUAUUGCUAUUACACAAUAUACACAGCAGAUGCAGCUUGAUAGUCAUUCAGGAUAUAGCCAGUAUAUUAAUGUUUGCAAUCCAUCUAACAGUGAUGAAAGUGAUGAUGAUUCUAUUAUAUAUAUUAAUGAUGUUUUAUUAAAAAGCAAAAAGAUUUUUAAUUCUAUUAAUUCUAUUGAAAUGCAUUAUAAAAGUUUGCAUGAAGAUCUUCCUCCACCUGUUGAAGAAUUAUUACUUUUAAGUAAUUAUAGCGGAAAUUCAGAAAAUUUUAUAUUUGAAAAUUCAAUAAUAAAUCAAGAUAUUUUAGAAGUUGAAUUUAAAAUAAAUGUAAAUUACCUAAUAAAGUAUAUGAAGCUUUUAUGA